CUGCUAUAGUCUCUUUGCUCACACAUUUAGAGCUUCAACUGGGAUAAAAGAAUUUCUAGGAUCUGGUUCCACAUCUCUCUGUCCCAUAUGUUCUCUUCAUGUGACUAACAUGGAUUUCCUCACAGUAUGGUAGUCUCAGGGUAGCUGGACUUUUUACAUGGCUGCUGAAUUCCGCCAGAGCAAGCUUUCUAAGAGACCUAGGCAGAGGAUGUAACACUACUUAUGGCAAUCUUGGAAGCCAUUCAGUAUCAUUCCAACUGCAUGCUGUUGGUCAAAAGCAAGUCAUAAAGGCAACUCAGAUUCAAGGAAAAUCCUGAAGAAGGAAGGGCCAGUAUUUACAAAUCAGUGAUCAUCAACACUUCUAAGGAGAUGAUGUGCUUCAGUGACUAUCCCAUCCCAGACCAUUUUCCUAACUUCAUGCACAACUCCCAGGUCCUGGAAUAUAUCAGGAUGUAUGCCAAAGAAUUUGACCUUCUAAGGUAUAUCCAAUUGAAGACUACUGUGUGCAGUGUGAAAAAGCAACCUGAUUUCUCCACUUCAGGCCAAUGGGAAGUGGUCACAGAAUCUGAAGGGAAAAAGAAGGUGGAUGUCUUCGAUGGAGUCAUGGUUUGCACUGGUCAUCAUACCAAUGCUUACUUACCGCUGGAAAGCUUCCCUGGAAUUGAGAUGUUCAAAGGACAGUAUUUCCAUAGUCGAGACUAUAAAAAUCCAGAGAGUUUCACUGGAAAGAGAGUCAUUGUAAUUGGCAUUGGGAAUUCUGGAGGGGAUCUGGCUGUGGAGAUUAGCCAUGUAGCCAAACAGGUUUUCCUCAGCACCAGGAGAGGGGCUUGGAUCCUGAAUCGUGUGGCAGACCAUGGAUAUCCUUUUGAUGUGGUGUUACAUUCUCGACUUAAACAUUUUUUGGUAAAGAUUUGUGGUCAAUCACUUACAAACACAUAUUUGGAAAAAAGGAUGAACCAAAGGUUUAACCAUGAAAUGUAUGGCCUAAAGCCUAAACACAGACCUCUGAGUCAACAUCCAACAGUCAAUGAUGACCUGCCAAAUCGUAUAAUUUCUGGCUUGGUGAAGGUGAAAGGAAAUGUGAAGGAAUUCACAAAGACAGCUGCCAUAUUUGAAGAUGGUUCCAGGGAGGAUGACAUUGAUGCUGUUAUCUUUGCCACGGGCUAUAGUUUUGCUUUUCCUUUUCUUGAAGAUUCUGUCAAAGUAGUAAAAAACAAGAUAUCUCUGUAUAAAAAGGUCUUCCCUCCUAACCUGGAAAAGCCAACUCUUGCAAUCAUAGGGUUGAUCCAGCCCUUGGGCGCCAUUAUGCCCAUUUCAGAGCUCCAAGGACGCUGGGUCACUCAAGUAUUUAAAGGGCUCAAAGCAUUACCUUCACAAAGUGAAAUGAAAAUAGAAAUAACUAAGGCUCAAGAGCAAAUUAAAAAAAGGUAUGUGGAGAGCCAACGCCAUACCAUUCAGGGAGAUUAUAUAGAUACCAUGGAAGAGCUUGCUGAUCUGGUGGGUGUCAAGCCCAAUCUGCUGUAUCUGGCCUUCACUGACCCCAAAUUGGCAUUACAGUUAUUAUUGGGACCCUGUACUCCAAUCCAAUAUCGUCUACAGGGCCCAGGAAAGUGGAAUGGGGCUCGAAAAGCUCUCCUUACCACAGAAGAUCGUAUCAGGAAACCUCUGAUGACGAGAGCAAUUGCAAGCAGUAAUUCCACAACUUCACCAAUAACAAUGGCCACGUGUGUGCUGGCUGUUGUUUUCUUUGUUGUAAUUAUAACUUACUUUUAGCUGUUCCAUUGUCCUUGCAUCAGUUUUCUUUGGGGAGCUGGAUUUAGAGAUGUCUUCAGAAUCUGAUAAGAUUGAACAACACCCAGUUUCCCAUGGUGCAGAAAUCUACUUUUAUAUCCCUUUCCAAAGCAUUUAUCCUCUUUCCUCUUUUCCCCACAAUGGAAUUCCAGCUUUUCAUUCAUAUGAACUUGUCUUCCUUCUUAUGGCCCAUUAUGUUUUCCUUUCAGCCAUCCCUAGACUGUGAGCUCAGUUACUCUCUUAGUCAUCUUUUCAUGCCCUUAACAGAGUUCUUGAUACAUGAUAGAUGCUUAAUAAAAUGUUUGUUGUUAUCA